AUGAAGCAAUUCUAUUGGCCUUCUGCCGGUGCUGUCUUCCUUCUUCUUUCCUGUUUCGCCACCAAAUCAUCUCUGGUUUCUGCUAAUGAUAAAAAGACGUUAUAUAUCGGUGGUUUAUUUCCAAUUACCGGUUCUUCAACUGCUUGGGAUGGAAAAUCGCUCCUGGAAAUCAGUGAGGAAGCCAUAAACAUGGUCAACAAUCGAUCAGAUAUUUUACCGGGGUAUCAACUUCAACUGUUCUGGAAUGACACAAAGGUAUUUAUAAUUAUCUGCAUUCUACAAACUUAAUCGUGCUUCUAAAGACGCUAUUGUUCACAGGACAAUUUUCUUGCUCCUUAUAACAAAGCAAUUAAAUGAGAGUAAUCUCUUAUUUUUCUUGUAAGUGAACGCCAGAGACACUAGCAGAAAAUAGUAUUUCACUCUUAAAACUAGGCUGAUUUUUUUUAGCAUGUAGCUUAGUUCAGGAGACCUCCAUUGAAAAUCACUUGGUACUGUUUCUUUAUUUUUUGGAAAGCAACUUUCAAACAGUUUAGUCUUACAGAUUCUUACUACGAUUCAUAAGUCGCUUUAACAAACAAAUGUUAGUCCCAUUUCGUGCCAUUUAAAAUUCCUUUGAGUGCUUCGAUUGCUAUUCCUUGACCUCGGUGACACUUAAUUCAGUUCGCCGCAGAUGACUUUAGUGCCUGUGGUUUAAUACUUCCGAAACGUCUCUUUGGUUUUUCGUGUUCUUAAAACUUUAUUUAAUAGUCUUGAUUGCAUACCACGAUUUCAGUAAAUGGUUUAGUGCUGGGCUCGGCGAUGUUUAGCGAUGUCUUUUAACAGAUAAAAGCUUACAUGGAAGCAUGAAAAAUAAGCACGUAUCAUUUGGGAAUUCAGCUUUUUCUGGAAAUGAGUUUAGUUAUUCCUAAGACGCGGACUAACAAAAAAAAGUAAUUAUGAGAAGAAAACCUUGGACAGAUUGACUUAAGAAUCAUCAGAAAACCUCCUACGACUUAUUAAGACCAAACAUUUUUCCUAUAGUUUGUAUUGUUAACAACAAAAGCUGUCAAAAGUUGCUAUUUUUAUUCAUAACAUUGUUUACAGUGGGACGUGGAGAAUAGUAUUUUUUUGCUGCCAGACUAACCAAAGCUGGGAAAAGGCUAUGGUUGAAAAUUACGGUGUACUCAUAUGAAAACAUCCCACGCUCACGCGAAUAGGCUGUAACUUUAUUUUUGGUAAUUCAUAUUCGUAUAAAUAAUAUGAACGUGACUAUACUGUUUGUAUGCGGAACUACGGCAGGCGAUUAGAUCACAUUUAUUUGCCCAUUCUCUAAGCUUUUUGUAUCAAAAUCCACGUUUUAAAAUUAAGUACUAAUAACUGAGCUUCUGGGUCACUGUGCCAUGAAUUAUUUGUUAAUUCCGUCCUGCUAGAAGUUUCGAACUAGAAUAACCGAAAACUGAGGAAACGUCUCUAUCUAUUACAUAGCAAUAUUCAUUAGGAUCGGACCCGCGGCCACAAUACUUUAAUAAUUAUUGUUGGGUUUGUUUCAUGCAUCAGCAUCAUUUCUCCUCAGAAGGAAUAUCUGUCGAAUAAUAGCCGCCCUUCUAUUAAUCGCCGCCCUCGAAUAAUUGCCCUCCUUUGAUGCGGUAGUUAAUUUUCUAACCCAUUAGUGGCUACAUUUUUCAGUACCACUCUAAAGGAACCGCGCUAUGUAAAAACGCAACGUACAGAAUAAAAGUCCGUAAGAGCUUAGUCUUAGGACUUCAUUCAUUAAAAAAGCACUUGAAGUAUUCUACUGUCACAAAGAGAUAUUAUUCAGUAACUUCACAUUGUACCGGUGUUUUUUUACUUGCUAAGAGCUCUUUUUCGUUCGACCUUUGCGAUAUUAGCCAAUCAAGCUGUUUCUAUUUGAUCACCUGCAAGAGCCCAUGACGUCAUGUGCUCCUGACACGUGAUAAUAUACAUCGCUCACUUGUCACUAGUUAUUGCACUGAUAUCAAUAGAGAGAUAAUGAAGCAUCACGUUCAAGGCCCAGAUCACAAGUGAUCAUUUUCCCACCAAUCAAUUUAUUGAAAACCCACCCUUGAAGGGCAAGGCGGCUAAAACACAAUUUUUACAUCUUGAUGUUGUCGUUUAAUCUCCUGGCUGUGUUGCUCUUAGAAGGACACCUGUUAGGCACACAUAUUUUAAGUAUAACCGCUUUCCCCCUUAAUCUUUAGACCCAAUAUCCACCAAACAAAUUCUUCAGACGGAUCCCCACAUGUUUCCCCAAAGGAUCACUGAAGAGAAUUUUAUACAAGUUUAAAGCAUGCAUUUCUCCUUUGGUUUUUCAUUUUAUCAGUGCUCAUAACCUUUUCUUUUCUUGAUCAUGUAUCAUGUGCUGAUAUUGUUAGGAGAACUGAAAUUGUUGUUAGUCACGGGAUUUGGGUCAAAGUAUGUGGUAAAUAAGUACUAUUUCGUUUGCUUCAGUGUGAUCCAGGGCACGCAACCGAUGUGUUGUAUAACUCCCUGUACUUCAGAAAUCCCAUGAUAGCAGUGUUGGGCGCUGCUUGUCAAUCUGUGACUCGUGCGACUGCGCAGAGCGGGAGGAACUGGAAUCUACUCCAGGUAAACAUAAUAUUAGGAGGCAGAUUGUCAUAUACUGUUGAACACUUCAUGGAAAGUGCACAAGCUCGGUCGUAUUUACCUGUUAACGUAUCAUAAUUCAUAAAUCCAAAAAGACCGUUUUGAAUAUAUAGGUCAAUUGCAUGAUAGCAUCAUACUACGGCCAGAAUCCUUCUGGUUAUGUCUUCUUGUGCAAUAAACGCUUUUGUUUUUGAUUACCAAAAUUAAACGUGAAAGGAAAAAUGAAAAGGAUUCUGGUCAUAGUGGUAAGAUGACGUCAUCGUGCAACUGGCCUGUUGAAGUCAGAAUAGCUCAUAUUAAAGGAACAACUCAAACGUACUUGAUAUUUUUCUUCCUUUUGUUAUUUUGCAAGCUCUCUAUAAUUUUUUUUCAGUGACAAUGAAACAUACGAAGUUAUUCUAUUCCAAUUUCCGGACUGUUGUUCGCUUUUCUACGCGAAAAACUCUUCUUUAUGAACUCAACAAAUUUCUUUGUUAAAUGACUGUAAACAAUUAAUGCAACUCCGCUACUAGCGAAGCGAGGGCACUGCAAGCACUUUGAAAAAAGGCGGGAAACUUGGCGCGAAACUCACGAACCGCUGUGGCUUUUGAUUGGACUAUCAUUUGAAUUUCCCGCAUGUGAAAAACAUUGUUCGCCACUCUGAUUGGAUAUCAGUAUCAUUUUUUUACGUGUGAAAAACAUCUUCGCUCCUUUGAUUAGCUAACAAUCAUUCGCGUAUGUAAGAUUUAGGUUCUUCUCGACAAGUUGUGACAAAAAGUAAGACUCUAUUAGAGGAAAGAAAAAAGAGAACUUUUUGUAGGUUGGCUUCAAUUUCCCUCUCAACUCACGGCGAAUAUCUUAGAGAACACUAUGCUAGUUAAAUGCUUUGGAAACGUCCUAUACUAUCCGAAAGCUUCUUCUGAACCGACAUUAUCACGAUCUCAAAUCUCAGUUUCGAAUGUUUUUUUUGUUUCCAUCAGGUUUCUUACUCUCCCAUGGCCUCUGAUCUGUCUAACAAAGACAAGUUUCCAUUGCUGUACAGCACUGUUCCACCUUACUCUGCCGAGAACGCUGCCAGAUUGGCUUUCCUGAGAUACUUUCGCUGGAAAAGAAUCGCCACCAUACGACAAAAUGAAUACGUUUUUAACGAGGUAAAACAUUUUUUGCCCAGUCAAGUGCCUGACGUUUUGCUUGAGCUCUUUACAGGAGAGCCAUCUUUCGCGCGUUCGACCAAGACGCUUAGAAAGAAGUAUAAACUACGUCAUACAUUUUUGUGAAAGUUUUGUUACAUAUAAAAAUUCUCUUUAGCUUACAAGAGACUGCAUGUAUUUUGGCAGGUUAUGCAUAUGUUCCAAGAAAAUCUUUUAAACGAUGGCUUUGAUCUGAUAGCUGCAGAGAUAUUCAGUGAUGAUCCAAAGUCUAGUAUUGAAUCUCUAAAGGUAAGUCUGAACAAAGACCAGUGCAAAUUUUAAAAGCUUCGUUCCAAAUUUUACUGUAAUCCGUGAAAUUUUUUCUUGUGGAAUCCGAAAUCCGGGAAAGUUUUGCUUGAGGAAUCCGGAGUCCUAGGUUGGAGAACCCAUAAGUUAGCUCAAGGAAACCAGAAUUCCGCUAACGAUUGGAAUCCAAGUUCCACUGGUAAGGAAUCCUGAAUCCAAGACUGUCUUGGAUUCACUUACAUGGGGCGGGAUAAGCGAAUCUUGAGUCAUUAUUAUCUCAAUGUUUGAAGCAUUUGUGAUCAUAAAGCUAUCAAAAAUAACCUUUUUCUCUUGAGCAGACAAGUGAUGCCCGCAUCAUCGUAGGAAUGUUUGAUGAGGAAAAUGCGAGAAAAGUCCUCUGUGAGGUAAAUAAUUUUUGUUCUUUUGUAUUUGAGUAUCCCAGCUGUGAAUUACUUCGUUCUAACCUGUUACUAUGACUCAGUAAAGGUGACAGAUUUUUCAUAAUGAUUUUAAAACUGACAUUUAGAACUUAGCUUGUUCCAGGCUUUCAGAUUAUAGGGGUGACGCGUAAAUGAAACGCACGCGAAUAUAUGAGAGUGACCCUACUAUCUCGGAGUCUGGAACAGGCUAUAUAGAACUCAAAGUUAAUGGAUUAUUUGAAGCCAUAUUUUCCUGAGAGAAAAGUUGCUUUCUCAGGUCCUUUCAAAUUUUAUUCAGAAAAUAUCUUAUAAUAUAUACAUCUCUUUUUAAGUGUAAUCGCCCCCAAUGAGUUGGCAUGAAAUUAAACCAUUUUCACAUACUCAUUACUUAAACGUUUAAACUGAGUCUCCUGUUCAAUCAUUGAACGGUGUGCAGUUUACCUUGUAAACUGAAUUGAUAAAAUGGCAACUCAACGAUUUAGUUAUUUUGUGAUCAUAGGCGUUCAAACAAGACAUAUAUGGAAAGAACUACGUGUGGCUUUUACUAGACUGGUACGACAAUAAACGGUGGUGGCAGGUCAAAGAUAAUGAUGUCAGGUGCACGGUGGAGCAAAUGACAAAAGCAGUUGAGGGAUACUUCUCUAUUGAGAGCGCCAGAAUUGUGUCAAAUAAGGAAGCAACCGUAGCAAAAAUUGUAAGUCAACAUGUCAAUUUAUGAACGUCUAUUGCACAAGUAGAGUCAAGUUUAAAAAAAUAUAGAUAGGUAACUAAACAGAUAUGUAGACAGACAGACAGACAGACAGACAGACAGACAGACAGACAAACAAACAGAUAGGAAGGUAGACAGACAAACAGAUAGACAGACGGGCAGAUAGACAGCUGAGGACAUGAACCUGGCCACAUUGGUGGGAGGCGACUGCUCUCACCAUUGCGCCACCCGAUAAGGCAUGCUCCCUAAACUUAAGUAAAAAUCAGCAUGUUAGGCAGAAAAAAAGCGCCCCGACGCAAAAAGAUUAUCACUAUUAGUGGCAUAUCUUAAUGGUGUUGCCAGAUGUCAAAUUUCUGCUUUAUAUUUUGUCUAGACCUCUGAACAGUUUCUUCAGACCUAUGGAGCGGCAAAUAAAAACGGGACGGACCUUUACGUACCGUUUGCAUUCGACUCCGUGUGGUUAAUUGCUUUGACGCUGAACAAUUCAUUGCACGAAAUCUACACUAAACUGAACAGAUCUUUAGAGAACUUUAACUACAAAGAUAGUGCGAUGGCGGAAAUCCUUAAAAAUACGCUAAGGAAAUUGGAGUUCCGUGGAGUAACGGUAGGUGUGUACAUUUCUAUAGAUUGAACUAAAAUACUGAUACCAAUACCAUGGUGGACAUUUUAGCAUAAAUGACCAAUCAAUCGAAUAGACUGAUACUUCAUAGACUAAACAGGACCUGAGGUUAUCAAAUCUCCAGGUGAGGCUGAAAGGGACGGCGAAGGGACGGCUGACAUUUUACACUAUUGCAAACGGCCGAAUAUGAACGUUCACGUCACAAAUUCAAUACUAUUAUCUUCAAUGAAAAUAAAAUCACUGUUUCCUCUUUUUAGGGAAAUGUCAAAUUUACGAAUACAGGUGAAAGAACACGUCCUACUUGCAUCAAACAACUACAGGGUAAGUUUGUAAGACACUAUAAAGACAAUCACUUUCAUAAUGGACUAGAGGAAUUAUACCCUGUAUGAACUACGGGGUUUUUUACUGCUUUGGCGAUGUAGUUACUAGGUAAAGGCGAUAUAGGCAUUUGUCCCAGUUCCGGCCAGCUAACGGGGGGUUUUAAUUUUUUACAAGUUUUUUACUAUGGCUCAAUAGGAAGACGAUGGUUUAUGAUUUCUGGUGAUUUUGAUUCUUAUUUUUUUGUGGCAGAGAGAAACAAAUAUUAUACGGAAAUCUCGGAGUACAUAAUACCUCCACCAGGGCUUUCACUGUUUUUCAUGUUCGCUUUGUUGAUCUUGGGUUCGUUCUUUCCAGGCGGCGUUUCCACAGUAGUAGCCAUGUUUUAUCCCAAGACAAACAAGACUGUCUUUUCUGGUACUAAAGUAGUGUGGCAAGGUAUUUUAUGUUUAAUUUUUAUUGCUGUAUAUAAUAAAAUUUUAUCCACUUUCGUUAUCUGUGUCAGGUUAACAUAAUUAUUAUAAACAUUAUAUUUGUUCAGUUCUUAUCCUCAUCUGACCUUCACCUAGUCAAGGCCAAAAUAAUUAACCAUAUGCGAAUUCCAAAUUCAAAUCUUCCUUUUUCUCAGUAUAGACAGCAAUUUGAUUUCAUGCAGAAACUAUAAAUCAGCCUCGCUUUUCCUAGACAACAGUAAUUUGAAGAAUUUGGCGAGUUCGUUCAGUUCUUAUAUUCAAUUUGCUUUUUGUUUUGUUUUGCGAAGGUAACGACCCUCCUUUAGAUGGUAAAGUCACCAUACAUGAGGUGCAGUACAUUUCAACUCCUCUGUUUUGUGUGAUUAUCACUUUUACCAGUGCAGGCAUCUUGCUUGGAUUAUCUUUUCUGUGGUUCAACAUCGAAAAGCGAAAUUACAGGUGUGUAUGCUGGCAUUGUUGUUUUUCUGUUUUUGCUAGCCCUUACCCAAAGUUAAGUUUCUUGACAAGAUGUAUUUGAGUGAAAAUCAGUUUCUUCGUAAAGUGUUUUUGGAUUUUAAAGGGCCGUUAAGUAUACUGGUGUGUCAAAAGCCUGCGUAGCCUGCGAGAGGCACGAGCAAAGUGUUGGCAAAGGAGCUGUGAAGCCGUGCAGAUCACUUCUGAUGUCGCGGCGAAACGGCGAGAACUGCAGCCUCGCCGCCAAAAAUCUCACCGGCGCAGAAACAGUUCCCCAUGGUUACAUAAGCAAAUAUCGACCUUUUUUUUUUGAAAUAUAAAGAACUGCAGCCUCUUCUUCUUUUUUGAUUACAUAUCUUAAUGGGACAAUUCCACCGUUCAUUUUACAUUUCAUGGUAUUAUUUAACUGUUUUGUGUUUGUUUUUUCAGCUAUAUUAAGUCAUCAAGUCCAAACGUAAACAAUCUGGUAGUCCUGGGUUGUUUGUUUAUCUAUGUAUCUGUGUACAUGAUCGCCAUAGACGGGAUGAGAGCUGAUACAGAUGACCUUCUGGGAUUAUGCAUUGUAAGGUUACCUCUUUGUUUCUGUUACUGAACAUACAGUUGAUAGCCCCACUUGCUUUGAAGGUCCCUGUCGGUUGUUAAAUCCCGUUAUCCCGACCCAAAUUUUCGCUCAAUCCCGUAAUCCCGAUGAAAAUUUCUGCUCAAUACCGUAAUCCCGCCGGUUAUUUUCGGCAUCCCGCAUCCCGCGCAUACUUUCAAUCCCGAAUCUCGUCCGCGUUUUGCUUUAAAAUUCCAAAUCCCAACCCCCAAACGACGCAAAUCCCGGAUACCGAAAACCUACUGGAAACCCUCUGCUUUCCUUAUGCAGGCUAAGUCACGCCUGUCCUUUGGGGUAGAGGGGGGGGAGUGUGCAUUAGUCUCUGGCAAUGCAGUUGCUCCGCACAGUGUCACUACUGGUAGCCUGCAUUCUAGUCUGCGUAGCUGGUGGCUCCGGGGCCGGGGAGAGGCAAUGAGACUACCGGUUUUGAAUUGUUUCGCAGCCUCGGCGCUCGUUUACGCGUGCGCUCGCCAACAAAAUUGCCAGUUACGCUUCAUGAAAGGUUCACUUUAAAAUUUAACAAGCAUUACAGCCAAAAAGAGUGGUAUUAACACUUGUUGUAAGCGGAAAACGCUUUAUGUAUAAAUGAAUACUUUGCUUGUUAAAAAAGGAUUAAAAAUCUUAACAAUGUUCCAACAAAGUGUGUUGUUUUGUUUUAAGGUUCGAGGCUAUCUCCUGUCCAUUGGAUACAGUCUGGCUGUUGGUGGGAUGUUUUCAAAAACAUGGAGAGUGUACCAGAUCUUCAGCAACAUUAAACCCAGACGAAAGGUACAUGCUAUAAUGUUCUCCUAAUUUAAGUCCCCCAAUCUCUAAUCUUCAGCGAGGAAGUCGCCCUUUAUAAAAAAGGUUAUAAGUGUACUCUUCUAGAGCUUCAUUGUUCCUCACAGGGUAUAUUGAUAUAUAAACAGUUCGAAUCGCCAUUCAAUGGAAUACCGUCAACUUUUGCUCAUAAGCUCCUUCCCCCCCCCCAGUUAUAAGACCAUCGACCUGUCAAACAACAAAGAAAAUACAUUCGACUAUAAGUUCCCCCGGAUAAAGCCCCUCUGCAAAUAUAUGGAAAUGAAUUCGAUUUAUUAAGACGUUUUGAAGUUGAUUUAAAAACCAGUAAAUGUAAAACAUACUUUGGACAACACCGCUAAAGCUUGUUUUGAAGCGCUUUUUCUUUUCCUGUUAUAUAAGCUUCUCCGUUUAUUAGCCCUCUUAAAACCUCAUAUAAAUAUAUAUAGAUAAGGGGUAAUUUAUGGUAGAGAAUUAUGGCAGACUGAGAAAUGAUAAUUGAAGCACUCUGGUUUAAGAAGUAGGAGAAAAGUAAUAAUCAAAUUACUCUUUCUACGUUACAGAUGCUAAGUAAAACGAAAGUGUGCAGUGGCCAAAUUCAAUUCGUCAGUCACUUAUUAUUGAUUUCCCCAAACUGUUAUCAUAACUGUGUGCGGCAAAUGCAAACUACAAACUUGCAGACUGGCAGAUAAACGAGGUAAAAAUUCGGCUAAAAUAAUCUAAAAGCUAUCCCUACCCCUAAAAUUCAAAUCGUUUCAGUCUGAGUAGUUUUCAGAGCAUUGCACAAUGCUGUUUACCUUGUUUAUUUACUAGUCUGCAACUCUUCUCAUAUCUUUUUCUAUCUCAACCUCCGGUUCCUUAGAUCUUCUCAAAUUGGGAGCUAACAGGCUUGAUGUUGAUCCUGGUGCUACUUGAUAUAUUGGUGAUGUCGCUGUGGGUUGGUGUGGACACUCCUGAGAUUAUUACAAUUAAUCUAGAGUCACAGGUUAGCAUCGCAUGCAAUCUUUCUAUAUUUUAGCCUGUUCCUACGUCAGCCCCCUCGCUGUUUUUGCUGCUCACAUCUUUGCGCCAACUUCACAAUCUGGACAUCUGGAACAGGUAAUCUGCAUUUAUUCAAUUUCGCCAAACUUGGCCAGUAUUGGCGUAAUCUAGCACCCCCACCCCUGCCACCUAAAUAGCGGCUAAAUCUAUCUCUAUAAUGCCCUUCGUUUUUCGUUUCAGUGAAUAUGGAUAUCACUCUUUUGGUUUGUCUUUCUGUAGGUGAGAGAAGACGCUAAUCAAAGGAUUAUUCCACAGCAUCAGUAUUGCACUUCCAAAUAUUUAACCACGUGGUUAUACAUUCUACUUGGAUACAAACUACUCCUGUUACUGGUUUGCUGUUUCAUCGCGUGGGUCACACGCAGGGCCAAAGUCCACUCGCUCAAUGACUCGCGUUUCGUGUCUAUGAGCGUGUGUACUACAGCACUCUGUGUCAUAGUCGGAAUACCGCUGUCCUUCUUGAUUAAUGAUCACGUAAACGCUCUUGUUGCUUGUAUAUCAUUCAUCCUGCUGCUUGCCUCGACGGUUACGUUAUGUCUUCUCUUUAUACCCAAGGUCAGUGCGAGCUCAGACCUUCCUCAUAAUCGCUCAUCUUAUAUUUACAAUAGCCUUUUAUAAGCCCCCCGCCCCCUAGUUGUAGGCCUAUCUACCUGUAAACAAAAACCUCACCGGGUUAUAGGCCCCACUCUAGUUUGUAUUUUAAUGAACUCAAUUUAUUAUGACAUUUGGAAACUUAAUUAAAAUCCUUACAUGCAAAACGAACUUUGAUCAGCCUUGCUAUAGCUUCUUUAUACCCCCCCCCUUCUGAUCGGAUAUAGGCCUCUACGUUUAUAAGCCCACCUUCAACCCCUUACGAAGUGAGCUUAGAUCUUUGGCAUUUACAGCUGUAUUUUAGAAAUGCAGGCCAAUUUUCCUUCGCCCUUUAUAGUAGAGGGGGUUAGAAUCCUCUUCAAAGACGGAGGGACCUCUCUAUUUCGAGAGGAUUCGGAAAGAGGUCUGAGUGUGUUUGGCGGAAGGAGGAGCCCCUAUGUAGUUCCCAAUAUCUCACUCAUUUUCCCGCAAAUCCUACUCACAUUGGCAGGAGCGUACGACAGCGGCAGACGAAUGUAAUAAGAACCCAGUCCCAGUUGCUCGAAUCCCAUUUUUCGGGUGCAAAAACAAUCAAUUACCAUUUUUUCUCCCUUAGGACCCUCAAGAAAGGUUGAAGAUGGAUAUUUCACAGAAAUGUUCACUUUGACUUGAUUAUUCGACCUCAGACUCCGGUAGAGGAACUGGAAACGUAAUUCCCAUGUAACAAUUGACGUUUUUGCUUUGUAUCACAGAUAAUCAAGCUCAAAAAGAACGUUGAAGAGGAUUUACAUCGCCUGCAGUCCCUGUCUUCCACUGGGAGCACCCCAUCCAAGACUAGGGGUACAAGUAGCAGCUCUUCUGGAUCCCAGCGCGCGGAAGACCCAAAUGUGGUCAUGAGACUUCAAAAAGAAAUUACGACGCUUAAGCAAGAAAUACGAACGAUAAAAGAUAAAUAUAAUGAAAAAGAGACUUCGAAAUUGUCAGUUAAGGUCGCUAAUCCGAUUGAAAAUGGCAGAACAGGGAGAACAAUCUCGCCUUCUCCACGACCAUCUCCGAGACCGCAACUUGGAAAGCGUUCUGUCACCUGCAACACUGCCAAAGAAUUGGGUGUAAAAAUACGGCGGAGGAAAAGGUCAAGUUCUUUCUCUGGGCCAUACUGGCAUGGACAAUCGCUGGACCUUGGUUCCUUGUAUUCAGAUCUCGCAGAUCCUGUUUUAGUCUUGAAAGCGGAAAAUAAGGAACUCCACAGAAAACUACAGGAAGCUAGGAUUUCCGAGAGUGGCAAACUGGCCAAAGUGUUGUACGAGAAUGCGCAACUAAAUAGGCAAAUCGUUGAGCUGAAUAUUAAGAACGCUCCAAGCGAUGAGGCUGAGAAAGUGUCUCGGCUGGUUAAGGAGAACGCGGAGUUGAAAAAACAGCUGGGGGAAGUGAGCAUUUUGAAUUCGGUUUGGUGCGAUACAACACCUUCCUUAAAAAGGAAGGAACGAGAAGACAGAAAGAUUUCCAGAGAACUUAGAGAGGUAGGGGUCAGAGAAAGCUUUAAUUUUAUUCCUUUUCAGUUAUCCUGUGCGCUAACUCCUUUCUUUUCCCUGUUACUUUACGGCGCAAAGAGUUAAAGGGAGAGGCGCUGCGAAAAGGCUACACACUUCUUAGCCUUGAUCACCUUUCAAGAUUUUUUGUCCCUGAUAGUGCUCCUGUCAUGAUUUCUUUCAUUCGCAGCCCAUCCAUCUUGGUUCGGAUCGCCAAAGUUUGUUGUCAUUGAACCCUUCUUUCCGUCCCUAGCCGGCGAGCAAGCUUUGUCAAAAAUCUCUAAGGGCGACUCAGAGGACAAACGAACGGCAAAGAAAGGGAUUUUGCUAGCAGGCGAUCCGCGGUAAUCCGCUCCCUUGGGGACGGGAUUGGCCAAGGAGAAUGAAUAAGCUCUUUAAAUAUUGCCCAACCGUUUGUAAACCCUUUCCGCCAAACUUAUACCCCAGGGAGUGUAUAAGCGAUUUAGUUAUUGAAAUAAAAUUUGCUCCAUACAUCUGCAUUAUUCUCCUCCCACAGCUCCAGCAUUUGCUAAGUGUUGACCUCGGUGGGCGCAGGCCUGGUUCCCUCAAACAGUCCCCUCUCUGUCGCCCUCCUCCCAUUGGUCGAUCACAAUCUUCUACUGAUUUAAAGUGUUAUCGGAACAGUUUGAGUUCACUUGAUAAAAAAGCAACCAUUAGUCCACUAGCAAAGGACGACACGAAGAGAUUCAGUUUUGAGGAUGCUGGCAGGAAACAGAAGUUGUGCUCCAAAGACUCAAGAACUGACAUACAGGUAACUGUUACUGACACUGAGAAGAGUGCAACGCAGUCACAGACAGUGCAUGCGCAGUCCAAGGUGAGACAGGAAUUAGACGGCGCAAGCCCAAACACGGUUCGUAGAGAUAACAUCGAUGGCUGCGAGUCGGAAAAGGAAAAUUUCGAUAUCAAAGGAACUACUAACGUGGGGUUUAGCGACGAAGAGGACAGUGUUCCAGAUGCUGUGGUUGAUGUUAAAGACUUUCACUUAUCACGCAAAGGCAUUCCAAAUGAAUGUAGUGGGGAGAAUUCUAAAGAACGGAUUCCAGUGCAUUUAAUUGAGGAGCCAGUUAAGGGCUAUAUGAAACGCGGGGUGGUUGAAGGGUGUAAUUACUGGAGCGCAGUCACCGUUGAUGAGCUUUUAAAGGAAACGAGUACCUCCAAGGAACCGAAGAACAGUACUAAAAAUCAGGAUACCUCGGAGGAGUUGGGUGGCACCCUCAGUCAUCACAUGAUGGCCCCAUCAGGAACUAAACACGAUGCCACACCAGGGCCCCAGAGAGGACCGUUAUUUCUGUCAAACCCGGAUGAAACCGUUUCACCUCCAGAUUCAGGUCUUCACAAAAACGAACACAUUCCAAGUUCGCUUGUGUUUGCUAAUUUAGAUGCUGCAAUUGAUAAAAACGGCAAUCUAAAAAGCAGUGGCCAGGGCAAGGACGUUUUUGAGAACAUUAAUAAACCAGUACCCAUUUCAAGUAAAGAAGGAGGGAAGGACAAGUCAAUUGAAGGGACACUUUAUUCAAGCGGACAUGACGCAGAUGAUAGUGAAAAAGAACGUUCGCUUUCCGGCGGAAGUCCUAAGGAUGUCCCCGCUUACAAAAGGAAGCAAAACAGAAGAACAAAAGAGAAAUCAAAACCUGGCAAAAUAGAAAAGACAUACUUCGUUUAA